CAGACUGAGAUCAGAAAUCCUUAGUGGCUGGACUUGCAUCUGCACCAUGAGAAACAGAUGUCUAAGAGUGCUGCCAGAACUGUCAGUGCUGCUGUUGUUGCCAUUAGUUUCUGCAGCCCAGGAGGAUAGGGCCUGUAUUCGAUGGUGCCCUCCGAACCCUCCAUGUGUCAAUGCCCCCUCCUGUCACUGUGCACCGGGAUUCAGUGCUGCAUCAAGUAGUGUCUUCACCAGUGGACACUUGAAGAGUUGCAAUGACAUCAAGGACUGUGGACCAAACUCAAUAGUGUCCUGUGGAGUAUAUUUAGACUGCCAAGACUUCAUGGAGUCCUACUGCCAUUGCGGCCAAGGCUACAGGCCUGCUUCUGAGGCAAUGUUCGGCAUUGAUCCUGAUAAACCCUGUGAUUUAUCAGGACUCUAUUUGCAGCUCUUUUCCACAUUGGAUGCUGCAGAAGAAACCGUUAAAGCCUCUACCCCGGAAGACUGUGCUUGGUGGUGUCCUCGGAACUCCAAAUGUGUCAAUGCCACUGCCUGUCGCUGUGCUCACGGAUUCAAUUCUUCAUCUGGAGAGAUCCUUACUAGCCGCUUCAAGAGAUGUGAUGUGACUUCCAGAAUGAGUACUUCUCCCACCAGACCCCCUGGGAUCACAAACAUUCCAGAUAGACUCUCGGACCUCCCAGACAAUGAUGGAUUCAGGGGUCCUGUCCAGAAACAUGGGGGGAUCCCCUCCGGCACCAGCUCCGGCACUGGCACCAGCACCGGCACAAGCACUGGCACCGGCACCGGCACAGGCACCGGCACAAGCACUGGCACUGGCACCGGCACAGGCACCGGCACCGGCACAAGCACCGGCACCGGCACAAGCACCGGCACCAACACAAGCACCGGCACCGGCACAAGCACCGGCACCGGCACCGGCACAGGCACUGGCACCGGCACCGGCACCGGCACAAGCACUGGCACCGGCACAAGCACUGGCACCGGCACCGGGACUGCAUACCCUGGAAUCAACAACAGCAAGGUCUCCAGUUUGUUACAAAAAUUUGAUGAUUUCGACAGAGACUUCAAGUCAGCCUCAGAUCCGGACAAGAUCCAGGACCUCAUACAGGGGGUGGAUGACCUGCUGGAGAACCCUGGGGACCUGGAGACCUUGUCCCACUCAGAGCAGAACUAUGUGGCCACUACCCUGCUCGACAAAAUGGAACAUGUCGUCUUCAAAAAGCUGAGCAAGGCCCCACCCAAUGGGUCACUGACAUUUAAUGCACCUGGAGGCACAGAACUGUCUCUGAAGAUAAAGAAGCAAGGAGACAGGAAGGCCACCUUGAGUGUUAAUCAGGCAAAGAUGGUGCUGGACUGGGAUACAGUACAGGAAUCUGGUGACUCAGGUCCGUCUACAGUGGGCCUUUUCUCCACACCAGGAAUGGGCAAGUUUAUGGCAAAAGCCCCCCUAGUUCUAGAAACUGAGGAGCAGUCAGUUCUGAAUGAGACACACAAGGGCAUGUUGCAGGAAGUCUCCCCUGUCCUGCUCUCAGAUGUCAUCUCCGUCUUUGUGAGCAAUAAUAACACCCAGAACCUAAGCUCCCCAGUCACCUUCAUCUUCAAGCAUUCAGUGACCCCGAGGCCAAAGCAGAAGGUGUUCUGUGUCUUCUGGGAGCCUGGCCAGAAUGGAAGUGGUCAUUGGUCCACCAAAGGCUGCUGGAGGGUGGGUACUAUAGACACCAGCACCACCUGCCAAUGCAGCCACCUCAGCAGCUUUGCCGUCCUCAUGGCCCACUAUGAUGUGCAGGAUGAUGAUCCCGCCCUGGCUGUGAUCACCUACCUGGGGCUGAGCCUCUCUCUGCUGUGCCUCCUUCUGGCGGCCCUCACCUUCCGGCUGUGCAAAGCCAUCCAGAACACCAGCACCUCACUCCACCUGCAUCUCUCGCUCUGCCUCUUCCUGGCCCACCUGCUCUUCCUCACGGCCAUCGACAGAACUGAAAACAAGGUGCUGUGCUCCAUCAUCGCGGGUGCCUUACACUAUCUCUACCUGGCCUCCUUCACCUGGAUGCUGCUGGAGGGCCUGCACCUCUUCCUCACCGCGCGCAACCUGACGGUGGUCAACUACUCCAGUGUGAGCAGGUUCAUUAAGAAGUUCAUGCUCCCUGUGGGCUAUGGAGCCCCAGCUGUGAUUGUGGCCAUUUCUGCAGCUUCCAGGCCUCACCUUUAUGGAACACCUACCCGAUGCUGGCUCAGCACACAAAAGGGAUUUAUAUGGACCUUCCUUGGCCCCGUCUGCAUCAUCUUCUCUAUUAACUUGGCUUUCUUUCUGAUGACCUUCUGGAUUCUGAAAACCAAGCUCUCCUCACUCAACAGGGAUGUGUCCACCCUCCAGAACACGAGGAUGUUGACAUUUAAAGCGACAGCUCAGCUCUUCAUCUUGGGUUGCACAUGGUGUCUGGGAAUCUUGCAGGUGGGUCCAGCUGCUCACGCCAUGGCCUAUCUCUUCACCAUCAUCAACAGCCUGCAGGGCGUCUUCAUCUUCCUGGUGUACUGUCUCCUCAGCCAGCAGGUCCAGGAGCAAUACAGGAAAUGGUUGAAAGGGAUCAAGGAAACCAAAGCCAUCUCUGAGAAGUACACACUCUCCAGCAGGGCUACGUCUGAAGUCUCCAAACACAAUGUGGAGGAUGAAAUUAACAACUAAACCAGAUGAUCCUGUCUACUGGAAAAUGAAGAAAACACUGAACUGUCAUCCUUUGGGCAAAGAAUAUAGAAAAUACUUUUUGUAUCUGCUAUAAGUAACUCUUCUUGGCACCACUGUAGGAGAAAAGUAUAUAGGAAAUGUUUGACAUUCAGUUGCUAGAGAAUUGGGGCCUUCUGGUCCACACAGCAUGCUUAGCUCAAUCCCAGCACAGUCAAGGAGCUAUGACCCAAUUCCUCAAUUGUCUUGGGUUAAGGCUUAACUGUUAAGCUCUCCACUCCAACCUGUUUUUCUUCAAAAGUGUUCCUCAAGUUAAAUAUAUAUAACAAGGAAAACCAUCAUCAAAGGUCUACCUUAUAACAACAUAAAAGAGUAAAGUAAUGUUCAGUUAAAUACCUGUAUUUGGCCUCCCUACCUACAUGCCUUGACUUCUUCACUCUUCAUUUCUAAAGACUUACUAAUUUUUAAUUUAAAAAUAUUUCUCUUACUCACCAAGUGCUGUACACAGAUCAAGACAGAUCCAGUUCCUGAUUUCACAAAGCUUAUAUGUAAAAAAAAUGUUAGAGUAAAAUCAAUAGAGUUUCUACAUCCUUACAUUUUAUAAAUUUGAGUUGUGUGCAAUAUAUAUGUAUUAUUUCAUCUAGGCAAAACCCAAUCCAAAGCAAUUUCACCUGGAAGAAUUUCCCUAUGGGUUUCCAUGGACCACAUUUGUAUAAUUUGAACAUACGGGAAAUGCCUGUAAAUGGGUAUAACAUUAAAAACAUCCAUGAGUCCAUAGUGAUACCUAAAAAUAUCAGUUAAUAAUUGUAAAAGAUGAGAUAAAAUUAGAAAAUCAUCAAUUUUCAAUAUCAAGUAAAUGGCCACUAAACCAAAAUGUAAAAGGCUGUUGGAGGACAGGCUACUCCCACACUGCCAAAAAAAAAAAAAGAACACCUCACAGAUUACUGAUUAAUUACAAGGGCCAAAUUUACAA